CUCCUUGAAGAGCAGCAACUAGCAAGACAGCUUCUGAGAACACAGCUUCCAACUUCCAUCCCUUCACAACAUUUCCAGGUUCUUUACUUCUUCUUCUUCUACAUUCUGCUCAACCAUUCAUAUCCAUUUCUCUACCAACAUUGAACAUCACGAAACCCUAACCCCCAAAUGACAAUUUCAUUUUCCCAUCACCUCAUCACUCGAACCCCUCCCCUCUUCAAGAAACUUGAGCCCACUACAGAUUCUAAACCCACCACCUCUGUACUCAAAUUCAAAACCCAUGUAUUUAGGAACCAAAACCCCACCUUUAAUCCACAAAGUGUUAAGCUUUCUACUGAAAGUACAAGUACCCUAAUGCAGUCAGAUGAUUUUACUAGAAUGAAUCAUGAAGAAAGUCUGUAUCUUAUUGAAUGUAUGCUAAAGACUGGGUACAACCCAGAUAUGGUUCUUUGUACAAAGCUCAUCAAGAAGCUUUUUAGAGUAAAAAAAGCUGAAAAGGCAGUAAAAUUGGUGCAGCUUCUGGAGCAAUUUGGUGUGACAAAUGUGGCUACUUAUAAUGCUUUGAUAAAUGGAUUCUGUAAAAUGAAUAGGGUUGAGGAAGCUAACAGGGUGUUGAAUAGGAUGAGAACCCGAGGUUUUCCGCCGGAUGUUGUUACCUAUACCAUAAUCAUAGAGAGUCUUUGUGAGAGGGGGAAGCUAGGAUUAGCUUUCAAGGUUUUGGAUAAGAUGAAGGAAGAUGAAAAUUAUAAACCGGAUGUUGUGACAUACACGGUGUUGAUGGAUGCCACGCUCGUUGAAGGGGACAUUAACGGAGCAAUGGAGCUUCUAAACGAGAUGUUAUCUAGAGGGCUUGAACCAAAUCUAUACACUUAUAAUGCUAUCCUUAAAGGAUUGUGUGGUAAAGGCAUGAUGGAUCAAGCAUACGAGUUUAUUGCGAGUUUGCCAGCUAGGGGAUGCAAACCGAGUGUAGUUUCAUAUAAUAUUUUGUUGAGGGCAUCAUUGUGCAAGGGGGAUUGGGAUGGCGGGGAGAAGCUAGUGGACGAGAUGUUGUCCAUGGGUUGUGAGCCGGAUGUGGUUACCUAUAGCAUCUUGAUGAUUUCAUUGUGCCGAGAUGGGAAACUAAACAAGGCGAUCAACCUAUUGAAGAUUAUGGCGGAGAAGGGGUUAACACCCAAUAUAUUUAUCUAUAAUCCAUUGAUUAGAGCAGCCUGCAAGGAGGGAAGACUAGAUUUGGCUAUCGAUCUUUUGAAUGACAUGAUUUCGAAUGGUUGCCCACCAAUAAUGAACUACAAUACUAUCCUUUCUGCAAUGUGUAAAAGUGGGAACGCUGAUCUUGCUAUUGGCGUCUUUGAGGAACUCUGUGAAUCAGGUUGUCAUCUUGAUGUAAGUGCUUAUAAUUCAAUGAUGAGUGCUUUAUGGAACAAUGGAGAAAGAACGAAGGCCUUGAAUGUGGUUCCACUAAUGAUAGACAAAGGGAUUGAUCCCAACGAGAGUACGUAUAGUACACUGGUUUCGUGUUUAAGCAAAUAUUCAUUGGUGGAUGAGGCUAUGGUGCUGUUAAAAGAUAUGGGAAGUUGCAGUAUUCCACCUACAGUCCACAUUUACAACAGCGUUUUGCUCGGGCUCUGCAAAUCUCAAAGAUCAGACGAGGCAAUUGGUAUUCUAGUAGAAAUGACUGAUAAGGGCUGCCAGCCAAACGAAAGGACUUACAUUAUACUCAUCAACGGCAUUGGUUUUCAAGGAUGGAGAGACGAGGCAAUCGAGCUGGGAACCACACUUUUCCAAAUGAAUGUUAUUUCAAAGAGAUCACUACGUGGUUUGAAGAAGUCGUUUUUCCAUUCACGUGAUCAUUCGCGGCCUUAUCUUCACUUCUUUAUCUGGAUAACGUGCCAUGGAUGUCUGAAGAAAAACUUCAGACUUGCAUGCCUUCGUCUUCUUCUUCUUCAGCUCCGUUCACAAGAGUUUUUUCAGCUCCUCACUCGCACCCCACUCUUUUUCAAGAAUCUUGUUGAACCCACCACAAAUCAUAAGCACCCCAGCAGCUCCUCUGUACUGAAAUGCAAAAAACAUGAAUUUAGAAACCGAAACCCCCCCACCGUGAAUCCACAAAGCGUUAAGGCUUCUUCUUCUUCUUCUUCUUCUUCUUCAGAAGAUACACAUACUUUGAUGCAUCUAAAUGAUUUCAUACAACCCGAUUUAACAAGAAUGAGUUAUGACGAAAGUCUGUAUGUUCUUGAAUGUAUGGUGAAGAUGGGGUACAAGCCAGAUGUGGGUGUCUGUAACAGGCUUAUUAAGGGUUUUUUUACAGAAAAGAAAGCAGAAAAGGCAGUGAAAGUGAUGGAGCUUCUGGAGCAAUUUGGUGACCCAAAUGUGGUUACAUAUAAUGCUAUGAUUACUGGGUUCUGUAAAAUGAAUAGGGUUGGGGAAGCUAAUAGGGUGUUGAAUAGGAUGAGAAUCCGAGGUAUUCCCCCUGAUGUUUUUACCUAUACCAUAAUCAUAGAGUGUCUUUGUGGCAGGGGGAAGCUAGGGUUAGCUUUUAAGGUUUUGGAUCAGAUGAAGGAAGACAACAAUUGUGAGCCAGAUGUUGUGACUUACACAAUCUUGAUGGAGGCUACGCUCCGUGGAGGGGACAUUCGGGGAGCGAUGAAGCUUCUAGACGAGAUGUUAUCGAGAGGACUUGAACCGAACAUAUACACUUAUAACACAAUCCUUAAAGGGUUGUGUCGAAAAGGCAUGAUGGAUCACGCGUAUGAGUUGAUUAGGAGUUUGCCAGCUAGGGGAUGCAAACCGGAUGUGAUCUCGUAUAAUAUUUUGUUGAGGGCAUGGGUGAAUAGCGGGAAUGGGGAUGAUGGCGGGGAGAAGCUACUAAAAGAGAUGGUAGCUAGAGGGGUUCAGCCAAAUUUACAGACUUAUAACUUAGUCCUCAUAAGAUUGUGUGGUAAAGGCAUGGUGGAUCAAGGGUAUGAGUUUAUUAGGAGUUUUCCAGCCCGGGGCUGCAAACCGAAUGUGAUUUCAUAUAACAUUUUGUUGGGCGCGAUGUUGGAUAGGGGGAAUUGGGAUGAAAGGGCGAAGCUAGUGAGAGAGAUGUUGUCCACGGGUUGUGAGCCAACCGUGGUUACCUAUAGCAUCUUGAUGAUUUCAUUGUGUCGAGAUGGGGAGCUAAAUGAGGCAAUGAAGCUCUUGAAGAUCAUGGUGGAGAUUGGGAUAACGCCCGAUGCAUAUGUCUACACUCCCUUGAUUAGAGCAUCCUGCAAGGAGGGGAGGCUCGAUUUGGCCAUUGAUCUUUUGGACGAAAUGGUGUCUAAUGGUUGCUCGCCCAAUACACUCAACUACAACGUUAUCCUCUCCGCAAUGUGUAAAGAUGGACACGCUGACCUCGCUCUUGACAUCUUCGAGAAACUCUCUGAAACCGGGGUUCUUCAAGACGUGAGCGCUUUUAAUUCGAUGUUGAGCGUUUUAUGGAACAUCGGGGAAAGAACUAAGGCCUUGGAUAUGGUUUCGCGAAUGUUAGACAAAGGGAUUGAUCCCAAUGAGUUCACAUAUUGUACACUUGUUUCUUGCUUGUGCAAAGGUGGAAUGGUGGAUGAGGCUAUGGUGCUGGUAAAAGAUAUGGAAAGUUGCAGUUUUCCACCCAAUGUUUACAUUUACAACAUUAUUUUGCUUGGGUAUUGCAAAUCUCAAAGAUUAGAUGAGGCAAUUGGUGUCCUUGAAGAGAUGAUUGAAAAGGGGUACCAGCCAAAUGAAAAAACUUACAUUAUACUAAUCAAUGGCAUUGGUUUUCAAGGAUGGAGGGAUGAGGCAAUUAUGCUGGGAACUACACUCUUCCAAAUGAAUGUUAUUUCAAGCAAAUCACUACUUGGUUUGAAAAAGACCUUUCUAAAAGAUCAACUCGGAGUAGUCGGUAAACGAUCUAUUAAUGUAAUAGCAAGGUCAAAAUAUUCGGGGUAAAAGUCAAAUUCUACGGGUGUGAUUUAGAUGAAUCUAGAUUAGUCAGUAGUAGAAAUACCAGGUGUUAUAUGCAACAAGAAAAAUGUCCUUUCCCAUUCUCGAUACUAACAUUUUAUUCUUUAAAGAU